AUGACCAACCCAGAAUGGAUUACUAAAGUUAAAGAUGUCGAAUUGUUUGAUUUGAAAGUGCAACCGGCACGUAGCUUUAUUGGAGGUAAAUGGGUAGUUGCAUCCUCUGGCCAGGUGUUUGAUGUAGAAGACCCUGGUCGUAAUCGAGUCCUUGCAUCGGUGACUGAUAUGGCUGUGGAAGAAACUCGAGAGGCAAUUGAGAUUGCACAUACGGCUUUCCAAAAGUACCGCCAUAGUUCUGUGAGGGAGCGAGCAGCUAUUUUGCGCCGCUGGUAUGAAUUGAUACUGGAAAACGCUGAUGACUUGGCGACUAUGAUGACACUGGAAAAUGGAAAAUCGUUAGCAGAUUCCAGAGGCGAAGUGGUAUAUGCUGCAAACUUUCUCGACUGGUUUGCAGGUGAAGCACUUCGCAUCAAUGGUGAUUCCCACAUGGCUUCGGUACCAAACAAUCGUAUAUUGACAAUUAAACAACCCGUUGGCGUUGUUGGAAUUAUUACUCCAUGGAACUUUCCCGCCGCCAUGAUUACUCGCAAAGUAGGUGCUGCAUUGGCUGCUGGAUGUACGAUGGUCAUCCGUCCAGCAGCAGAGACCCCCUUUUCAGCUAUUGCACUUGCCAAACUAGCUGAACGUGCUGGAGUUCCACCAGGCGUUAUAAAUAUGGUCACCUCCAACUCACCCGCUGAACAUGGCCUUGAAUUGACCACCAAUCCUCUUAUUCGCAAAGUGUCAUUUACAGGUUCCACAAAUGUUGGCAAAAUUCUCACUAAGCAGUCUUCCUCAACACUCAAAAAGCUCUCUCUUGAGCUCGGUGGUAAUGCUCCUUUUAUUGUGUUUGAAGACGCCGACUUGGAAAAGGCUGCCGAUGCUUUAAUCGCUUGUAAAUUCCGUGGUAGCGGACAGACUUGUGUUUGCGCCAAUCGUAUAUUUGUUCAUUCUAACGUUUAUACACAAUUCGUCCAGCUUGUAUAUGAUCGCGUCUCCAAAUUCCAACUUGGUUACGGGCUUGAUGAGGGCGUAACUCACGGACCCCUUGUCAGUCGUAAGGCUGUCCACAAGGUACAAGAGCAUGUUGACGAUGCCCUCAACAAAGGCGCUACCGCUUUGACUGGUGGAUCCGUCGCGUAUGAAAUGGGUCCUUGCUAUUUCCAUCCCACCGUUCUCGUAGACGCAAAAUAUAACAUGCUCAUUGCUCAGGAGGAGACUUUUGGACCUGUUUGUGCCCUCUUCAAAUUCUCUACCGAGGAGGAGGUCCUUAAACACGCUAACAGUACACCUGUAGGCUUAGCUGGUUAUCUGUUUUCUAAAGAUAUUUCUCGUGUCUUUCGAGUUGCCGAAGCCUUAGAGGUUGGUAUGGUAGGCUGUAACACGGGUGCUGUUUCCGAUGUGCUUUCACCAUUUGGCGGUGUCAAGGAAAGCGGCUAUGGUCGUGAAGGUAGUCAACAUGGCAUAUCCGAAUACUUGGACAUCAAGUCAAUGACGAUUUCUAUCGAUUAA